AUGAACGUGCUCCUGACGGACAGCUACACCGCAAAGGUUUCAGACUUCGGCGCGUCGAGGCUGAUCCCGGUCGACCAGACACACCUAGUCACUGCCGUUCAGGGCACGUUUGGGUACCUAGAUCCGGAGUAUUACCACACCGGUCAGCUCAACGAAAAGAGCGAUGUUUAUAGUUUCGGAGUGAUACUCGUUGAGCUGCUGACGAGGAGGAAGCCGAUCAUUCAGAACGAGUAUGGCGAGAAGCAGAACCUGUCCAACUACUUCUUGUGGGCUAUGAGGGAGAGGCCCCUCGAGGAGACAGUGGACGCUCAGAUCCUCGAUGAAGCGAAUGGGGAACGGGUUCUGUGCAUGGCUCGGUUGGCGGAGGAGUGCCUAUGUCUGACACGAGUGCAGAGGCCUACCAUGAAGGAUGUGGAGAUGAGGCUGCAGCUCCUGGCGGGGCGCCGUGUUGUACCAAGGGCGGGGCCGCAUGAAGGGGCACAACCUCGCCGUGAAGCUACGGGAGACGUUGGGCGUGGUUGUGUUGUUCCGGUGAUUGGUGAGCAUGGCUCACGCCAAUUCAGCCAAGAGCAGGAGUUCGCGUCGUCUCUGCGUGUACCGCGGUAG